GUUUACUUGUGAAUUUCCGAACUUUGAGAAAAGACUCAAAGAACAGCCCACCUCAAUAGUUCGUCAAUCCUAGCACCUCUCUGGAGAAAAAAAUAUGGUGGUCACAAGCAGUGUUGGAGAAGUUCAACCCGUGGUUUCGCCUGACUAUGAUCGAGAACAAGAAUUCAGAGCAUUCUUUGAUUCUAAAGCUGGUGUGAAGGGAAUAAUCGAUUCAGGUGCGACAAAGAUUCCUCGAAUUUUUGUCCACGAUUUUGAUAAGCCUGAGGACAAGCCGUGUCCUGGAAACUCCAAUCUUUCCAUUCCCGUCAUAGAUAUUGGAGGCAUCAACCAAGAUGCAGAUACGCGCUCAGACACUUUUGAUAAAAUUCGUGCUGCAUCUGAGGAAUGGGGGUUCUUCCAGGUAGUUAAUCAUGGAAUUCCAUCAACUGUGAUGAACAAAAUGGUCGAUGCAGUACGCCAGUUUCAUGAGCAAGAUGUCGAGAUCAAGAAGCUAUAUUGCACGAGUGACCCAAAAGCUAUGUUCAGAUAUAAUAAUGGCACUUUUGAUCGUUCCCAAAUGAAAAAAUCAGUUACCUGGGGCGAUUGUAUUUCUUGUGAAUUUGAUCAUCUUCCAGCUGACUUUCCAGAAUUGCCAGGGGAGUUCAGGAAUCCAAUGUGCGAGUACAUGAAUUGUGUUAAUACAUUAGGUAUGACUCUAUUUGAAUUGCUGUCUGAGGCUUUGGGACUAAGAAAAAGUUAUCUGAAAGAUAUUGGCUGUGCUGAGGGGCUUUACUUCGUUGGGCACUACUACCCACCUUGUCCUGAACCCGAAUUAACUCAGGCGGCUAUUGCCCAUAGUGAUUUAGCCUUCCUGAAUAUGCUCCUGCAAGAUCAAAUCGGUGGUCUUCAAGUGCUUCACCAAAAUGAAUGGGUUGAUGUCACUCCCUUGCCUGGAGCUAUGGUCGUGAACUUUGGAGACAUGAUGCAGCUGAUCACAAAUGAUAAAUUCAAAAGCAGUAAGCACAGAGUACUGGCGAAAAAGGUUGGCCCUAGAAUUUCAGUGGCAACCUUCAUGAGGCCCGCGAGAAAUGAAGUAGUUACAUCGCGAAUGUAUGAGCCAAUUGAGGAGUUGCUCUCAGAUGAAAAUCCCCCAAUCUAUAAAAGGACAACGAUAAAAGACUGCAUGGCCCAGCUCUACUCGAACUUAAGCGCCGGUGAUGGGAGUUCUGCAUUGCUACAUUUCAAGGUCUGAAAGGCAGUGAAAGAGGAAAUUUCUUUUGCUGUGUCUUGCUAUGUUGAUUGUGUGCGUGAAGAUAACCACCCGUGUGAAAAUUUGGGUUCACCUAAAAUAACGAUUUUAGCUAUACGCUUAAACGAUACAUACAAACAUUGAAAUUCCUAAAAAUAAGAGGUGGAUUAUCUUGUAAUUUACAUCUAUUGUCGUCUGUUGUACAAGUCGCUGUGUGUGUCUGAAGGAUUUAUUGUCUUAUUACAGGUGUAUCAUACCUGAGAACUUGUGGUAUUCCUACAGAAAUAUGUGCCCAAAAAAGAGUUGCUUGAUUUUUCAUUUC